UGCGAGCUAUAGGUAAACCUCUCUACCUGUCAUUUUGUGUUGGCCACUGCCACGGGAGAGAAGCUCACACUUUUACGACGUCGUUUUAAAUUCCUUCACAUCAGUAUUCCAUUUGCGCAAAUAGUCCCCCCGAUAUAGUCGAGAGUGUUGUUACCUGAUAGUUUUAAUUAUUGUCGGUCGGUACAUCUAUUGCUUAUUUUCCGGGGUGUCGUGAGUCGUUCGCUAGUGCAUUCCGGUGAAGUGCAUCAUGUGUUGAUGGUGAUAUUGCGCCCAUUCUGAACGCCAAUUGUCGUCGUGGAAUUUGAAUUGUCGAAAAAUGGCGAAGUGGUUCCAUCGUCGCCGUCGUAGCUGCUGCUGAUGCAGUUGUUGCCCGCUGCUGUAGAGUAAACGCAAACGCCAAGGGGAGUGCUGGGGCGUGGUGGACGUGGUUAUUUCAGCUCUCGCUGUGUCUGUGUCUGUUGUUGGUACCCUAUAGCAAACCGCGGGGGGAAGUGAGUCAGUGAUCAGUGUAUGUUUGUAGUGAGCGAGUGUGGAGCAGAUUUUAGCCAAAAAAAAGAGUGGCGAAGAGGAGAAAGAAAAACAAGCCUUCAUCAUCAUCAUCAUCAUCGUCCGCAUACCAAAAACCAACAACAAUAUCCAAACCGAACGGUGUGCGCGGAUUUGCUAUAGCGGAGAUUGGCGACGAACCGACGACGACGACGAAGAAGAGUCGAAGCGGAGUGCCUUGAAUCCAGAAGAACAAGAAGAACGACGAAGAAGAAUCAAUCCAAGUUAUUGCCAACAACCCAAAACCCGUAUAGUGCCACAAACAGCAGAGGAGAAUUCAUCGACCGCCCGCUCCAAUCAACGUAACAAACAAUCUAAAACGGCGUGUCGUCGCAGUCCGGUACGGCACCACGUCCAAUUUGAUUGACCACCUGUGCACGAGGCGGCGCACGCAUUCCACGUUCCGUUGAGAAUAGUUAGAUUGAUUCGGACGGACCAACAACGGAAGUACAACACCUGCUAAAGCGAUGCACCAACGAUGGCCUUAAGUUCGAACAUCUACGCGAUACUGGUGACCUGCUUGGGAUUCUUCUGUCUGGUGUUCAGUGCCACCGCCGUCGGGGUGCCGAUAUGGGCGUACUACGAGAAUCGAGGGGGAGACGACAGAGGGUAUUUCGGACCAUGGCAAAAGUGCCAGAAGAUUAGCUACCGGGAACGGUGUGGAGACGUCGGCCGGUUUCAACCUUCAGGCGUUGUCUUCACCAGUGGCCUGAUAGCGGUAGCGGGAUGUGCCCUAUUUGGCAUAUAUUGCAUACUCAGCAUUAUGCAGAUAGCGAUGAUCUCGUCGCGGGAUCGGAUCUGCAUGAAGUACAGCGUUCUCAUCACAUUGAAGCUAUUGGUGGUGGGGCUGGCAACAUUCCUUUCGCUGGCGGCAGCCGGCCUGUUUGCCCUACAGACUGACGACGAUCGAACGGGGUAUCGCAUCACACGGGGGAUCUCGUUCUACCUGCAGAUUGUAACGGUGGCCCUAUCGUUGGCUCUGAUGGUCCUGUCGGUAUACGAUAAAAUACUGACGAAGCGGCCGGAUGGUGAUCCCACGAUGAUGGGCAACGUCAACGGUAACGCAACUACCUACAACAAUCCGGGCUUCCGGGAGACCAAUGGCAUCGCCGUGACUAACUCCAGCGGUCGGCCAUACUCCAGCAUCAACGGAAGCGUCCAAUCCGUCACCACGACCAUGACCACAAUGUCCAAUGGGUCGACAAUAGGUUCCGGUUCGGUCACCCGAACACCGCUCCGAUCCAGUCUUAAGAAACCCCGACCGCAAAAUGCAGACGGAUUUGGUAUCCGAAAUCCGGGCUACGCCGAAAAUGGUACCGUCAAGAAGGUACGAAUUCAAACGGGCAGUACUGACGUUUAGGGAGAUCACAUAGUUUUGGAACCAACAUUUACGUGUCCGUCCACUUUCUUAAGGAAACAAAAAUCUCGACAAGAUGAUCUUUAUUUACUUAAGCCUUACGCAAGCAAAUCAAUAGAUCUGAUUUAAGUGUUAUUUAGUCGUAGACUAUAUUUUUUUGUUAAAGCUGUCACUUGAAAAGUACUGAUUGUAAAUAGCACAACAAAAUUAAGAGAAAAAUACGUACUACUAGAAUGAAGCAACAAAAAAGGAGCGCGCAAAAUAUAAGGAAAUAAGACCUUUGCUAUUCGUAGGGAAUUAUUAGUGAGAUUUGCCAAUUUAUUAUUUAUGAUGUGAAAAAGGCGAGGAGAAAAUUAACGGGAAAGUCCAAGUGCACUUCAUUGUUGCCUUAGCACGUAACAGCAAUAAAGCAAGAAGAUAGUAUUGUAUGAAUUAUAUCAUAUAAAUAUGUAUGUUUAUCUGAAGAUAAUCGAUGAAUGCAGAAUCUAUUUAACCUCUCUACCAGUUGAGGCACGAUUUCUUGGAAAAUCCCCUUUUAAGAUAUUUUUUUUUAUCAAUGAAGACUAUUGACUUCCAUUUGUUUACAUUUUAUAUAAUUAUGUACGUACAAAUAUACCACACGGACACACACACACAACUACAAUCAGCAUUCUUAACCAUUACCUUUUAUUAGUGUAAUACUUUAAGCCCGAUAGUCUUCCGUUGGAAUCUGAGUAAUGGUAGAUAUUUUAAGUAUAGAAAUCAUCAGUUAUGUAAUGCUAGAACGAGAAAAGUACCCCUUUAUGUAGAACUUCCUGAAACCAUCAGGUAGUGUGUACCUAUGUGAAUCAAUCCGUCCAUUAUGAAUGUUACGAAGUCCAGAUCGAAUUUUGUUUAAGAUAUGAGUUUUAAUAAGCAACAAACAAGUUAUAGAAAAGUGUACUGUGAUUCAUUUAAAAUGAAUUGUGAACCAGGAUGACAUGAAUGUGGAGAACAAUAAAAUGUUGUUACUAACAAUUGA